UAAACAUCUCUCUCAGGCAUUUCAUCGAAUCUCUCCCUCUAUUCAUCAAUUUUUCUUAUAUUGGAAUAAAAAUGGACCAUCGCAGUUCGAACAAAAUGAAAGGAAGUACAGGCACUGAUGAAUUGGUUUGCCAGGAAACAAUCUUUCACGGUAUUUGUCUUGAUCAUGGCUGCAUAAUGCAUACACAAGCUCCAGCUACUUUAAACUCAACAGUUCUUAAUUUGAUCGACUAUAGAGUGCUCCCCGAAUACGGCAGAAUUUGGUGGUCUGCUGUUCUUAAUUGGCAUAAAGAACUCAAUGCCAAGCAUACAGCUCAAGAAGAUCUCACAGACCGAGACUGGUCAGAAGAAGAAGGUGUUGAUUGCAUGAAUAUCUCUCAUUAGUGAAGGCAUACACUGUCGCUUGGUUUUUGCUUGGAUUAUCAAAAUCUUUCAUAUUAUGCUAAUAGGACCGACCGGACCUGACCUAUAUGAUGUAGGAUGCAUUUUUUCUUAUACCAUUUCAUCUCAUGUAUGAUUAGGAUCCCUCAUACCCCAUGUAAUUCAUGUACAUCGUAUUUUCUUUCCUUGUCUGAAUCUUUGAAGCUUCAUUUUUUUUUUUCUGCCCAGCUUUGAAGUCUGCAUUAGUUGAAUUAAAUCCUUUACUCCUAU